AUGCGAGAAAAGAGCGACGAAGUUGUUGAGGUCACGGUGGUGGAGAAAGCAGCUGAGGCUGUCGGAGUAAAGUCAGCGCGGCGGCGGAGAGUGCAGAGGAAGGACGCCGCAGAGGGGGGCGAUGGUUUGGUGAAGUGGGAGAGGUUUCUCCCUAAAAUCGCGUUGAGAGUUUUGCUAGUAGAAGCAGACGAUUCCACCAGACAGAUUAUUUCUGCUCUCCUCAGGAAAUGCAGUUACAGAGUUGCUGCUGUACCUGAUGGCUUGAAAGCUUGGGAGAUGCUAAAAGGAAACCCCGAGAGCGUCGAUCUGAUACUCGCAGAGGUUGAUCUUCCUUCAAUAUCUGGAUACGCUCUUCUUACACUUAUCAUGGAGCAUGAUGUCUGCAAGAACAUUCCUGUCAUAAUGAUGUCGACACAUGACUCAGUGAAUACUGUGUACAAGUGCAUGUUGAAAGGUGCUGCUGACUAUCUUGUUAAGCCGUUGAGGAGGAAUGAGCUGAGAAAUCUCUGGCAACAUGUUUGGAGAAGACGACAAAGUACACUUGCUCCUGGUAGCUUUCAACUUGAUGAGAGUCUCGGCCAUCGGAAACCUGAGGGUGCUCAGAGCUCAUGUACAAGACCAGAGACGGAAGGAGAGAGCGCAGACGUGGAGAAAGACUCAUCUAAAGAAGCCAUUGACUUCAUUGGAGCUUCGUUUACUAGAAACGAACAACACAACAGAGAAGAAAGUGUUAGGAUAGAGCUUGAUCUCUCCCUGAGAAGAUCCUCUCUUCAUCCUUCUAGUGGCUCUGCUUUCACAAGGUACGUUCACAAGCCGCUGCAGACACAGUGCUCCGUCUCUCCCUUGGUUCCCGACCAAAGAAAGAACGUUACGGAGAGUGAAGAUGGUAACAUUGUGGUAACCAAUCAAUACAAAUCAUCUGAACCGCCUCCAAGUGCUCCUAGAAGAAACGAGGCCAGCUUUUACAAUAGUGCUGACUCACCUGGUCCACCUUCUUGGCCAGGACAAGGUUCUUACCCAACCACAGUUCCCAUCAAGAGUAUACAGUUCACAAGUCCUAACACAACUGCUGCUUCAUUGUCUCCAAGCCCUAGCUCCAUUAGCCCGCAUGAGUACAGUUCCAUGUUUCACCCAUACAACGGUAAUAAACCCGAGGGUUUGCAAGAGCAGGAUGUAGAGGAGAGAAGACACGUCUCUUCUGCAAAUGAACACAGCACAAUAGGGAACCACUGCACUACCAGCUACAUUCAGGAUCAGCAGCUUGUGGAGAAGAAGAAUGAAGAAGGGUACUCGUCCUCUGUAGGGAAGACUAAGCAAUCUCUUAGGGAAGCUGCUUUAAACAAGUUUAGGAUGAAGCGCAAGGACAGGUGUUUUGAUAAAAAGGUUCGUUAUGAGAGCAGGAAGAAACUGGCAGAGCAACGGCCGAGAAUUAAAGGGCAGUUCGUUCGUCAAGUCCAAUCCACUGAGACCUCAACGCAACAAGCUCCACAAUGA